AUGUCUGGGUUCAGCAUACGCAACCCAGAACGUCGAAUCGAAUCGAACCCGUUCGAUGUGGAUGCCUGGAACCUUCUGCUCCGCGAGCAUCAGUCCCGCCCAAUUGAUCAAGAGCGUGAGUUCUACGAGAGUCUUGUCACUCAGUUUCCAAAUUCUGGACGUUACUGGAGAGCCUACAUCGAGCAUGAAGUACACAAAAACCUAAUUUUCCGUUUUUUAAAAUUCAAAAAUUUUCAGCUCCGCUCGAAAAACUUCGUUGAAGUCGAAGCGCUAUUUCAACGCUGUCUGGCAAAUGUGCUAAAUAUCGAUUUGUGGAAGUGCUAUAUAGUUUAUGUGUCGGAAACGAAGGGAACCAUCGAAAAGUACAGGGAGACUAUGGCCAAAACUUUUGAUUUCGCUUUGGAGAAAAUUGGAAUGGAUGUGCUUGCCUUCUCGAUUUACCAAGAUUAUAUUGCGUUUUUGAAGAAAGUCCCCGCCAUUGGCCAGUACGCUGAGAAUCAAAGAAUCACAGCUGUCCGCCGUGUCUACCAGAAGGCUCUCGCCACCCCAAUGCACAAUCUGGACACCAUUUGGGCUGACUACUGUGCCUUCGAGAAGAAUAUCAACAUGACUCUAGCCGAGAAACUGAUCGCCGAGCGUGGAAAAGACUAUCAGAACUCUAGAAGAGUCGAGAAGGAUCUGCAAGCAAUGACACGUGGAUUGAAUCGACAGGCAGUGUCAGUGCCACCGAAAGGAACAGCUUCAGAAUCGAAACAAGUCGAGCUUUGGAAGAAAUACAUCGCUUGGGAGAAGACGAAUCCGUUGGGAACUGAGGAGUACGGUCAGCUGGCGCGACGAGUGGUUUACACUUAUGAGCAAGCACUGCUCAGUCUUGGAUACUAUCCGGAUAUCUGGUAUGAGGCGGCGAUGUUCCUUCAGGAGGCCAGUCAGACGUUGGAUGAGAAGGGAGAUGUUAAAUUGGCACAAGCGCUGAAAGUCGAGUGUAUUGGACUCUACGAACGCGCUAUAACCGGUCUGAUGAAGGAAUCAAAACUGCUCUACUUCGCCUACGCCGACUUCCAAGAAGAGCAAAAAAAGUUCGACGCCGUCAAAGAGAUCUACAAUCGAUUAUUGACAAUCGAACAGAUCAAUCCAACGCUGACCUACGUUCAAUUGAUGCGAUUCAUCCGGCGAACCGAGGGACCGAACAACGCGCGGCUCGUUUUUAAGCGAGCUCGAGAGGAUAAACGAACGGGAUACCAGGUGUUCGUGGCGGCGGCUCACAUGGAAUAUAACUGUAUGAAAGAUGCCGAUGUGGCUAUACGAGUCUUCAAAUUAGGCCUCAAAAAGUAUGAAAAUGAGCCGGAGUUUGGUUUGGCGUAUGCGGAUUUUUUGUCGAAUAUGAACGAGGAUAAUAAUACGAGAGUGGUGUUUGAGAGGAUUCUAACGUCUUCAAAAUUGCCAGCUGAUAAGCAAAUCCGAAUCUGGGAUCGAUUCCUAGACUUUGAGAGCUGUGUCGGCGACUUGGCAUCGAUUCUAAAAGUCGAAAAACGUCGGAAAAUUGCUUAUGAAGAGGCUCAGAAGGAUCUGGGAAUGAACCAUUCGAUGCUGGUGAUCGAUCGAUACAAGUUUAUGGAUUUGAUGCCGUGUAGUGGGGAUCAGUUGAGAUUGAUUGGAUACGAUGCGUUGAAAGGAAACGACACUCCCUCCACUAGCACAUCGAGCAACCCGAAACCAGUUCCAACACGUGGACCACAAGCAGCCAGUGCCAUCAUGGGUGGAGCCGGAGGACAUGCCGAUGUGGCACGAUACGGUUUCCCACGACCAGACAUCUCCCAAAUGAUACCAUUCAAACCACGUGUCAACUGCACGGCAUCAUUUCAUCCGGUACCUGGAGGCGUCUAUCCACCACCUCCAGCCGCUGCUCAUCUGAUGUCUCUUCUACCCCCGCCGACGUGCUUCAUCGGACCAUUCGUCAAUGUCGAGGCGUUGUGCAGUGUGUUGAGUCAGACGCAAUUGCCUAGUUUGCAGUAUGACAAAUCGGAGAACGGUAUGAUCGGACCGAUGAACGAAGCCGACGUGAAGAAGGAUUUGUAUCAGCUCCUGGCGACGACUUCGGAUCCGUCGGCGGUGGUUCGCUCGUCGGCGCUGGCAGAUUUGAAGCGAAAACGUGGCGAUUCGGAUGAGGAGGACGAGUAUUCACAUCUUCAAAGCAGCACAAUAGGAUCUAUCGGAUCACGGGACGCCUACAAACGGCGAAUGAACAAGAAGAAUGAAUAA